AUGGCGACAGACGAUCCUCAUCAACAUUUGAGGUUAUUCAUGGAAGUUAGCGAUAUAUUCAAGCUACCGGGAGUUCCUCCAGAAACUUUAAGGCUAACACUUUUCCCUUUCUCUUUGAGGGAUCGUGCUAGAGCUUGGUUUAAUAGCUUACCUGCUGAUUCCAUUGCAACGUGGAGUGAUAUGGCUGAAAAGUUUCUUAUGAAGUAUUUCCCUCCGACAAAGAACGCCAAGUUGAGAAAUGACAUUACCUCUUUUCAUCAAGGCGAUGGAGAGUCAGUUUAUGCGGCAUGGGAAAGGUUUAAGGAACUGCUCAGAAAGUGUCCAUUACAUGGUAUUCCCCAUUGGAUUCAAAUGGAGACUUUUUAUAAUGGUCUCAAUGAGCCAACCAGAGUAAUGGUUGAUGCCGCAGCUAAUGGUGCUCUUUUGGCCAAAUCUUACAAUGAGGCCAAUGAGAUUCUGGAGAGGAUGGCCACGAAUCAUUAUCAAUGGCCAACCGAGAGACUACCCACAAGGAAAACACCGGGAGUUCUUGAAGUGGAUGCAAUCACUGCUCUUUCGGCUCAAGUGUCAAAUUUAACUAACAUGAUAAAAACUAUGAAGACUUCAACUGGAGUGAAUUCUGUCCAGGCCCUUGCAAUCUCCUGUGUAUAUUGUGGGGAGGGACACCUAUUUGAUGAAUGUCCGUUGAAUCCCGCUUCAGUUUGUUAUGUGAGUAACUACAACCGCAACAAUGCUUACAACCAUCAACACAACCAAGGAUGGAAACAACAUCCCAAUUUCUCUUGGAGUAAUCAAGGAGCAGGUCCUAGUGGUGCUCCUCAGUAUAAUAGACCAGCUCAGCAGCCGGGUUUAGCACAACCAGCUCAGCCAAUGCGGAUUCAAGCCGGUGAAAGUUCAAAUUCCAUGGAGAAUUUCUUUAAGGAAUAUAUAACGAAGAACGAGGCUAAGAUGCAGAGCUAUGAUUCAACCUUGAGAAGCUUGGAAACUCAAAUUGGGCAACUUGCAAAUGCUUUAACUAAUCGCCCCUAG